UUUGUUGUCGGUUGUUUGAAUAAGUGGGUCGGGUAAAUUUGAUGGUUUAUGGUUUAUUAUUAUCGAUACGUUUAUUCAUGAUGGUUUAUCUGAAUCCCCUUUUAUUCAAGUAGCAUAGAGGUGUUAGUAGAGCCAUUUUUAUAAUAGGCAAUUAAUAUUUACACACCGUUAUAAAGAUUGUUUUUCGAUAUGCCCUUGCAAACAGCGUAUUAUCCCGAUUAUUUCGCUGUUGAUGACAUUCUGGCGACUCAAGAUCGAAUUCCGUGUACAUUUUUACAAGAUGCAGUAAAAUUAGGGAAAUUAAACCCAGCUGAAGAACAAGCUGAUUUGAAAGCUGGUACAAACAUCGAGUUACCUCUGUGGCUAGUUGCUGACAUUACAACAACCCGACAACCUGUAGUAGCUCCAUCAUUACCAAAAAUGUACAAGGAAGGAAAUCGCGAGAUUUUAAAAGCUGACCCUUGUGCAGUAGAUUUGCAUAAAUUAAGUACACAUUUCUAUGAACUGGGACUUUACGUCAAACAAUUUGACCCAAGAGAAAGUGUUGCAGAAAUAUUGCUUCAAACUUUUACUUUACGACUAAGGUUCGUUAUGGACUUGUCAGACAAUACUGUAUCAAACCCUUCUGUGAUGCAGAAGUUGGACAGAUUAGAAAGGAGUGUCUUUAAAAGUGGCCACGACGCUAAAAUGAAGUUAGUCUCAUGGUUAAAAGUGUCUGAAAUGCCCCUAGAGGCAGCGAGUAUGGUUGUUAAUCAUAAAAAACGAAAAAGAGUAGAUGAUGAUCUUUUCUAAAUGUUAAUAUUGUUAAAAAUUAUGACGAAAUAAAUUUCUAAGUUUUU